AUGCCUCGCGAAUCCAAUGCCCACACGGGCGAAGGGUUCCGUCGUAUGAAACUACGCAAGAAGGCUGGAAGAUCUUCGAGUUUCUACAGAGCUCCAGAGAUCCAUGAGAGAGGUAGAUCUUUGGAGCGCGACUCGAACCAAGAGCGCAUCGGACUGGGCAUCGGACUGGGUAUCAGUAUUCCGGACAGAGACAGACCCUUCGACAGUCCACGCAGAGUGUUGCCAGACGACAUGGCGGAUGACCCAAAGAUCCAGAACUACUCGUCCAGGCGCCUGCCUUUGUUGAUUCGACGUGAUACCCCGAAGCCCAGACAGACGGUGGCUCCACGCUAUGGUGAUCCAGUGUUGGCAGUGCAGGAAGUGCUCCUCCACGGUGGAGUACUACUUCCGGUGGGACGGGAAGGAGAUGGACUCCUGCGAGUUAGUACUGACCAGGUGCGUGUGGUCAGAGAGAGACGUAGACGCGAACGCGAAGAGAAAGAGGAGCACGACCGGGAACUGGACUCUUUUGUCGCCAAUUUCGAGAAGCUCCAGUGUGAGACACAGCUUGACUCUGAGGAAGGCGAAGGAAAGUUCGACCAAAACAUACCCGCCAAAGAGACAGACUUCGACGGCGUACCAAACACAGACGGUAAAGACACCUCUAGCCCCGCCGGCUCAGACGCAUCAGUACGCACUGCCUUCAGGACCAGAGACGGUAACACCACACCCAGACCUGGCGACCUUGGAAACUUCGACAGUCCAGGAAAGAGCGACUCGUCUGUUGCGCGUCCACUGCCACCUGUGCCCACCUUCCCUCCAUCGGACCUUCUCGAAUCCGCCGACCCUGACGACCAUGAAGAGUUCGUCUCGCUGAACGAUCCUUCCAUCACUGAACACCUUGCCCGCGCACUCCACAACAUCUACUCUGGUGAUAUGGCCGCUCAGAACCCUGCCAUGGCCAAUUCGGCUGCUCCAUACACCCUCGGAGGUGGCAUGCCAUCAGCCGGCCAUCACAGCGACAUGCAGCACAUCUGGACUUUGGUCCAAGAAUUGAGUUCUGUCCUGCAACAGAACCGCGAGCAAUACGACGAGCUGCAGGACGGCCUCACUCGUGCUCAGACCAGACCCGUUGAAAAUGGUGUCCUGACGAAUGGAGACGCAAAUGCCUCUCAUGCCCCUCAUACCUCUUCUGAUGUCGACACAACCGCCCUCCAAGCCCAGUUAUCAGAUGCCCUGUCCCGCAUUACAGAACUAGAAACCGAGUGUAAGGAAGCCAACGAAGUCAUCGACUACGCCGAAGAGAUUGUCGAAAAGUUCAAGAUGCAGAUCCGCGAAUACGCCACUAGCCAUCAGAGCGCAACCAUCGCCCUACAUGCACACUAUAAUUCACUGCUCGAGACAUCACGCAACGAAACCAUCCAAGCACAACUCACACACCAAGCCUGGCAGGCCUCUUUGCUGCGUCUGUCCGAAUACCUGCGUCUGGCCCAACGCGCACAUGAAGAAGGAUCUCUACCUUACCGUCGCCGUAUCGCCGCUCUUAGAGAGGAAAACCGUAUCUUGCGCGCCAAAGCCGGAUGGGAGCCUGCCAGCGACAGCGAGAACAGCGACGACGAAGACGACGUUUUUGAUGAGGGUGUUGAGGUCAAGUCUGCUUGA